AUGCACUACCACAAGCCAUACCACCUCCUCACAGCCAUAUCCCUCCUCACGCCAACCCUCGGCGCCCCCCUCCAGCCCCCCAUCACAAACAGCAGUGCUCUCCCCACACACUACGGCCUCCUCGUCUUCCCGCACUACCAAGCCCUCGACAUCUUCGGCCCCAUGGACCUCCUCAACUCGCUCUUCAUGAUGUACAGCAACAGCACGCCCGCGCCGCAACUCUCCGUGCUAAGCCGCACCCUGGCGCCCGUAACAUCAGCCAUGCUACCCGGCGGAUUCGGCCAGGAAAUCGUGCCCACGACCACGUUUUCGCAGUACCUCUGCGAACACACAUCUGCCGACACGGCCGCGAGGCGGAAUUGCACAGACACGUCGUCGUCGUCGUCGGCGCCAGUUCGUUCGGCAGCCAAAGCGUCGACAGAUAUCGACGUGCUCGUCGUGCCGGGCGGCGGCGGCACACGCCGCGACAUGAGCGCCGAGAUAGCUUUCAUCGCUGCCACGUAUCCCAGGCUAAAAUACAUAAUUUCCAUCUGCACGGGCGCAUCGUUGCUGUCGCGCGCGGGCGUGCUAUCCGGGCGGCGCGCGACAACGAACAAGCGGAGCUGGGCGUGGGCGACGUCGCACGGGACGAACAUCACGUGGGUAGCGACGGCGCGGUGGGUGGCAGACGGCAAUGUUUUUUCGAGUAGCGGGGUGUCGGCGGGGACGGAUGCCAUGUAUGCGUUUGUGGGGAGCGUGUAUGGCGAGGCCGUGGCCGAGUAUAUGGGGUGGAGUCUCGAGUAUAAUCGCGUGACGAGGUGGGAUGAGGAUCCUUUUGCGGCGGUGUGGGAUGUCCCUGAGGCGGCGUAGGUAGGUGG